GAUUUUCAAACUGACAGCAUUUUUGCCAGCUGACAGCAAUUCAAUUGAGGUUAGGUUUAUGUGUUUUGGUCGUCUCCGGGUGUGGUGUUUGGGUACUUUGUGCUGACCAAAAAGUCCAAGAAAGCCUGUCUAGAUAAUGUUAAAAAGAGUUUUGCUGUCUUCUAGAAUCCUCAGAGGAUAUAAUAUACGAUUGACUUCGCAAAAUGUUUCAGUAGAAAAGGAGAAAUGGGAUCUUUUAGCGGGGGUGCUCGUGGAGCGGCUUCCAGUGAUUGGGAAAAGCCUCAGUCCUAUUGAAUCCAAGUACCAGAAAAUGCUCGACGACAUGGAAUUCGAGCAAAGUCUUCUCUGUGACCAUGAAAUGAGGCACAGGAAAGAUAAAAUUCUCGCUGAACGUCUCAAAAAGGGUUUGGAUGUGGACAUGGAUGAUGCAGUUAGCAAACAGACUGCCCAGGACUUUGAGGAUGCAUGUGACGAAGAACUGAAAAAUUUCAAAUUCACCGAAAGAAUUACAGAGGCUGACAGAAAGAAAGAUUUUAUGUCUACUCAAAGAAAACUCGAGGACAGCCUAAUACUCUUGGUGGAGCAGCUCGUGGGUGAGAAGAAAAUCUUCCUAUUGCCACAGGGAAUCCGUGAGGAGGGUGAGACAAUGCGUCAGACUGCAGAUAGGGUCAUCCGGGAAGUUUGUGGAGAGAAACUGAAUGUUCAAGUUUAUGGCAAUGCUCCUGUGGGCUUCUACAAGUACAAAUACCCAGUGAAUCAGAGAAAGGAAACCAUUGGGGCCAAGGUGUUUUUCUUCCGGGCAGCUCAUGUCACAGGAAAUCUGGAGAAAUCAACUAAAGGAAAGUUUCUCUGGCAUUCUAAGGAAGAAAUUGAAGGAAAACUCCCUCCUGAGUACUACAAAAGUGUCCGACAGUUCCUUUUGUAACACAAUUUAUUGAAAAUAGACAUUUUAGAAUAGAA